AGAGGAACUUCAGUGACUUCGACGUAGUGCCGAGGAGGAGCGCCGCGGUGUCCUGUGGUAACACGUCUCAUGCGAUUUGUUGUGGCACAGAAUAGGGGUGUUUGAUUUUCGUUUGGACGUCGUGUGAAUUGGCGGCGCUGGCUGGCGGAAAGAGAUUUUUUUGGAUUGCGGAGGAAAAAAAGAGGAGGAGGAUAUGGAAGGCGGGAGGUCGAUUAUCUAUACAGUACGUUAUUUAGAAAAUAUUUAUCUUAUCCGUUAGUUCGAGAGAGACAUUUUUACUGAUUUUUUUUAUGGAGAAUCUUAUUUUUUUAAAGAUAAUACUCGAAUAAACAUUUUCGACGAACGAGUUACGGAAAAUGAAGACGUGACGCAUAAUUCUUGCCACUGGGACAUUACUGCAGUAUUUACCGGAGACUGAAGAAAGUUCGACGAUUUGAAACACGAUGAAAGCUGUUGUGAAAGACUCCAAGACUUUUAUAACUUGGUGGGCCAUGGUGCAGGAGAAGCCAAGCCUGUUGAGCAAAGCCAAGCAGAAGCUGGGUCCAUGGCGCCUGCUGGACGAGCAUUUUGAGGACGGGGCGUGGGAAGCCGUGGCCGGCCUGGCGCGCCUCCUGCAGCCGGACUCCGUCGAGGUGGCGCUGGAGGGCGACGCCCCCUGGCUUCUUCCGGGUCUCCUCGUCGUUCUCGAGCAGCUUCAGAAGCUUGAGUGUGAGUGUCGCGUGAAGUGGCGGCGCGACUGGCACCUGAGGGCAGGGGACAUCACCCCCACUGCGGCGGCGCUGCUGCAGGCGUGCUCCCCAGCGACGCUGGUGCUGGAGCUGGACGAGCACGAGGACCCCGCCGCCCUCGCGUGCCUCCCCGGCAUCAUCGCGUCCCUCGCCCAGAUCUCGUGCUCCGUCAACCUCUUCCUCGAGUCCCACUUCCACGGCCACAGCGACUCCGCCGUGUCCGACCCCUACCUCCUGCCAUGCCUCGGGGACAUGUCCCGCGUCAGGUUCCGGCGGCUGUCGGCUCACCUCGGGCUCGAGGCCACCGCGCGGUUCGUGCAGGAGGCGGCGGCAGACGGAGCGAGCAGCGACGACGACGAGGACGAGGUGUUCCACCGCGCACGGCCGACGCCGAUGGUCCAGGCGAAGGCGGCCAUCCGGUACCUGGAGGUGCUGCGGGUGAGGAUCUCCUCCGUGGACGUCAUCGCGGCCCUGAACAAGAGCCUGCCCCUCAUGGUGCUGCUGGACGACCUGGACGUCCACCUGACGCUGCCGCGCCUCGUGCCGUCGGACGCGGUGCCUCAGAUCGCCUACGCGAAGGAGCGCCUCACGCUGCGCCUGGACCGCGUGGACGACGCAGGGGCCGACCGUGCCGGCCGCAUCGCCACCGCCUUCAGCAGGCAGUACGCCCACGUGUGGCUGUGCAAGAGCCGCAUGACCAGCGCGGGCGGUGAGGUGUUCCUGGAGCACUUGAAGGCCGGGCGGACGCUGGUGGGCGCCGUGCACGUGUUCUCGGUGGCGAAGGGAAGGCCCGACGGGAGGAGCUUCCUGCGCCUCUGCGCCCAGGCGAGUCUGCUGGCCGCCCCGACGGCGCUCUACUGGUAGCGCUGCGCGGAAGUUGUAUGUGAUAAUAAAAGGAGAAAAGCUCGACCUUGUGUUUAGCCAAUUAAAGGCGACGGCUUAACAGUCUACUCUUUGGUCAUUCUUAUGUCUUCUGCUGGCGAUGCCAGGUCAGAA